AUAUAGAUGUCUCAUUGUGAACACCAUCAUUGUUUUGCGAAUAACUAGAGAGAAGAAAAACUCAUAUAAAUAGGCUGUAAUUGUUUAUGAAAUAUAUAAUUGUUUUGCGUUUAAUAAUACUCCACAGCCUUGUGAAAAAGUGUAACUUGUCAAAAAGGUGUAACUUUUUUAAACUGUCAAACAUGGGCUCUUAAUGUGACGUUGUCGUAAACGUUCUGGACACAGAAUAUUAUCGGCAGUGGUCCUGUCACUGCAGCAUGCACAGCAGAUUGCGGAGGGGACCGUAUAUUAUGUACAUCUAUGAGUGGACUUUCAUGUGGAGUGGCGGACGUUUAAACGGUCAAUAUUCACCAGCAAUGUCUGAAGGGACAGUUAUGGUACAAGCCCGGUGCUUUGCUUUAGUUGUAUCGUUUUGAUAUGUGGAUCAACAACUACAGUGAGGUCUACUUUGGAUUAUAAUAAAACUACAUCUGCUGCCGAGAAACGAGAUUCUACAACUAAACCAAAUACUACCCCUAGCAAUAAUAGCACCACCGGUAAGGUUGACAUCUACAAUUACAGCAAAGCCCAAGGUACGGACUACCACUACUAGACCACCCAAAACGGCACCACCGGUAAGGUUGACAUCUACAAUUACAGCAAAGCCCAAGGUACGGACUACCACUACUAGACCACCCAAAACGGCCACCACCGCUAACUAUAGCUUCAACAUUGAAGUUUUAAAUGAGGGUAACGACAGGAAAGGGGAAAAAAUAGUAUGGAACAAAGAACCUGAUGAUGAACACACUAGAAUUAGAGUGCCCUCCUCUGGGGCUGGAGUCUCUGAGAGUGAAGGACACACUGCCUGCCUGCCUGGGCGUUGAGGAUGGGGACAUCUACAAUGGGGCGUGGUGUGCCCUGUAUGAGGAUAAGAAACAAUGGCUGGAGGUGGACGCCCGUCGACCCACACGCUUCACCGGGGUCAUCCUGCACGGACGCAGCUCAAUCUGGAGGUGCUGUUCAGUAAUGAUACCCUGGCCUGGAAGACAGCUAUGAAUGGGACUAAAGAGGUGCUCAUGAAGUCAGUGACCGAGUCCUGUCCUGACAUCACCCGUAUCUACAGCAUCGGGAAGAGCCACAUGGGCCUCAAGAUGUACGUCAUGGAGAUCUCUGACAGCCCUGGAAAGCAUGAGCUGGGUAAACAAGUCGGAGGCACUGCGUAAAGGGCAGAUCUGCUGUCUGGAGAUUCUGGCUGCUAUCUAGAACCUAAAAGGGUUCUUUGGCUGUCCCCAUGGGAGAACCAUUUGGAGAACCCUGCCAUAAUUCUCCUGUGACGAUCUGGAAGAUCAGGUUACUGUGGAUCCGCUCUACAGUGUGCUCUCUCUCGUAGAGGGGGAAAGCAGGAAGUCUGCUGUUUUAUGGGGGGUCAUAAAAUACGCUGCCUCUGUACUCUGGUGUGUUCGAGAUUGGAAUGUAAACUGUGGAACACAGAGUGACCCUUGGAUAUCAAAAGUUGAAUAAUUAAACAAUAUUUAUAUUUUUGGGAAUGUGGGAAUGGUCCGUGGACACUUAAGGGACAGUCAUGUCGAGUGUGUUUCAUUUGAUGAUCUCAUGAAGGACAGGAAACGCACAUAACUGUAUCUCUAAAAGUGUACAUUUCCCAGCUGUCAGGUUUACAUAUAAAUAUUGUGAAACAUAUGUGAUUAAACAUGACACUUUUUGUGAAAAGAUGUAAUGUGAACCUUCUAAAUGAGAGUAUGGAUUUUCAUAUAACGUUUAACUAGUCAGUGACCACACCCCUGUGAGCCCAAACAUCACAUUAGGCAUCAUAGAACCGCCCCUUCUUCCACAGAGUAUAAAACCACUUCCUACAAAAUUUACAUUAAGUCAGAGAACGCCGGGAUGGAUUCCCCACAUUGGAAUUGCUACAAUUCUAUAGGCCAUCAGACCAGAAAAUAUGGAGAUGACACUACCUGUUGAAAUGGUUAGGCACUACAACUCUACCAAAGGAUAGGACCAUACAGCGUGGAGCACUAGCUACACAGCUGGAAAUGGUUAAAUUCUGAGACUAUCAACUCAAUUCAAGAAGUAAGAAAUCCUAGGCCGUCGAACUACCAGUCUGCAGAUGGAAAUGUACGAAGCCUAGGACAAGAAUACAGACACCACCGAAAUAUCCAUCCUAUGCGACAACCAUGGGUACGCCUGACAUACCAUUAUGAACACAACCAGAGACUUUCUGUCGAUUGACUCUCCAGCAGACGGACCGGUGACCAUAGAGAGAGACAGCAAGACAUACACCAGUAAAUAUGUAAAUUGCAAUUUAUUUUCAAAUGAGCAGUUGUUCAUGUAAGGUAGUAGCAAUAUCUAUGAGUGUAGUUAUCAGCUAUGAGUUUCCCGCUCUUGAGCGGUCCACAUCCCCUUUCCUUUGUCUACCAAGCCGUCAUAUCGUCCGCUGGGGACUUUGUCUUUGUAUCAUGUAGUAACCCUUGUAUAACUAAUUGUGUGUGUGAUUAUGUAUUUCUGUGACUAUUUAGAUAGUUAGUAAAUAAAUAAUUAAGCCAA